GAGCAGGGCAGAAGUGACUCACAUAGAAGGCCACUUGCCCCCCCAGGACCCUGCGUCCUAGUUCUGACUCCUGGGGUCUUCUGGCUCAGUCUUCUGUCAUCAAUUAAUAAUAGCGACUCACAUUUAUUGAGUGUGUAUGUGCCAGGGGCUGAACUGAAUUGGUUCAUAUGCAUUUUCUCUUUUAAUACUUAAGGCAACCCCUUGAGAUUGGUAUUAAUUUGCCUUUAAUGAUAAGAAAAUAGAGAUUAAGUAACUUGCCCAAGGUCACCUGGAUUGCUCUGGGAUUUGAACAUAGAUCUGGUUACCUCCAGAAGUCAGGCUUGCACCAAGGUGGGCUCUUCCUACUUUUGAUCUACAGAAUAUAUAUUUGGGCCCAGGUGAUGCUGCUUCUUUAUUGCUGUUCAGUAGCUAAGUCGUGUGCGACUCUUUGCAACCCAAGUGCUGUAAUAUAUGGGCAUCAGGUAUAUCAGUAUAAAUUAAUCAGCAUCAUUAAUGGUUAUUAUGUACCCACCCUGAGUCAACAACCCUUCCCAGUCAUAUUACUGUCCCCCUUUUAAUCACUCAGUUUCAACAAACUGAGGUUCAAAUUGGUAGAAUAAUGUAUCCAAGGCCACACAGCUGGAAAAGUGUCAGAGCUUCCCUGGCUUCAAGGCAACUUCUGUCCCUCAAAAAUAUUAAUUGUUGCAAUAGUGUCCUUUCCAAGACUGACCAUUUAAGGACCAUCUUCUAACAUGUCUAACUACAGGUUAUCACUGAGUCAAAAACAAUCCCUACUAUAAAUAGAGCUCUCCAUCCACUUAGUCAGUGCCCAAUCCAGAGUAAAUCCUUCAAGAAAGGAAUGAGAGAGGAGAAAUUGUCCAGAAAGUGAGAGAUAAGAAGCCAGGUCUUGGCUGAUCUUGGGACAAAUCUUCAAGUGGUAAUGAUGGGACUAAUCCAGAGAGUGAGGUGGGAUUUCCCUACGGAAUGGUAAGUAAGUUAAGGAGGAAGUCCCCUAAAAAAAGGAAAAAAGUUAGGUGGAAAUGGGACAUUGGAGCCCAGGGUGAUAGUAUCCAUGUGGAUAAGGUGAGUGAUCAGAAGAGGCACCAAGGAUGGGCAGAGACGGGGUCAACAGGAAAUGGGAACAGAAUGAGAUAGGGCAAGGUGUCUUGUAGAGUGAACUGAGGCUGGUGUCUACCCACCGCCACUCCCUGGAUCCAUAAGCCCUCAUAGGGACCUUUGCCCCACCACACCUCAGCCCUGAUAGCCUGUCUCUGCCAGGACAAGUUUGUCAUCUGCUCUGAGCUACCAGGGGCCCUGCCAGGAGCUCCAGGCCCGAUUGGGACCCAUCCCUUUGGAACAGCUGCUUCAAGACUAGGCUAGAAAUCACGGAGCUCUAGUGGUCAAGGGAGCCAUGGAGGACAGAGCUGGUCAGCAAGAGAGACCUAGCCUUCGUUUGGAAAAGCUACAGCACUGGGCCAGGCACAGGCAGAGUGGGCGCCUCCUGGUGCUGGCGGUGAGCCAGCUAUGGCUGGCAGUGGCUGUGGUGCCCUUUGCUGUCUCAGUAGCCUGCCUGAACUCUGCUUGUCACAUGACCACAGCACUGCCACUUGGGCCUGGCAUACUGGGUCUCCUCACUGGGAUUGUUACUCUUGAGCUGCGCAGAGCACCCCGUCUUUGGAAGGUGCGCGCCAUGAUGAUAUUCAACACCUUUAAUCUGAUCUCGGGCUUCAUCGCAUUGGUGGUCGAGGUGAUGAAGACAGCCUUGAUGUCUGCCCCAACUGUCCCCUCUGAGCUAGCCGGCUUGCUGGUGCUGGAGCUCAGCGCUGAGGCCUUCACCCUAGGGGGAGUGCUGGUCUCAGCAUAUUCCCUGUUCCUGCUGAGCCAGAGGAAGCCAAGAUGCUGCAGAAGCCAGAGUCUGCGCUACCAGGAGCUACAGGAGGGCCUCUCAGAGUUGGAGGAAGUUCCUGAGUUGGAGACUGGUCCCACAGUGGCUAGCACAGCAAAGAGAACAAAUGAGUGAGCUGGCAAGUGGAAGCAGACAUGUGCUGCUCUCCUACCCGACGGGAACAUUCUCCA